AGAUGGUCAACGUCUUGAAAGGAGUGCUUAUAGAAUGUGACCCUGCCAUGAAGCAGUUUCUGCUCUACUUGGACGAGUCCAAUGCCCUGGGGAAGAAGUUCAUCAUCCAGGACAUUGAUGACACGCAUGUCUUCGUAAUAGCGGAGCUGGUUAACAUCCUCCAGGAGCGAGUCGGAGAACUGAUGGACCAGAACGCUUUUUCUCUGACCCAGAAGUGAACGUGAUUCUCCGGCUGCAGGCGAGCGGCGGGAGAGAGCCCAGGCGGGCCUCCGAGGGGCGUGCUCGGAAGGGGCAGAGGAUCGUGGUUCAGGGAAAAAGGCCUGGAACAGAUUUUCUUGUGUGUGUUGUGUUUUUUUUGUUUUUUUGGUUUUUGUUUUUCCAGAAAAACCUUUACCAGUUGGCUGUAGUUGGACUUUAGUAUCCCUAUUAAAAGAAUAUAAAU